AUGAACCCAACCAAAACCCCAGGCCAUCACAAUGGGCUUUCUACUCACAAUGACCCCCAAGAGGAUAACAAGGAAUCACCCAUUAAAAUAAUCUCUGCAAAUGGGGACUUGAUCCUCGAGUACAUCGCUCCCGGCGACUCUCCAUCGUCACCAACCAGGCGCAAAUGGCGGGUGGCAAGUGAGCACCUUACCUCCCACAGUCCAUAUUUCCAAGCACUGCUGGACCCCACAAAGUUCUCCGAGGGAAGGCAAUUCAGUGCCCAAAAGCAAGCUUGGAAUGAAACCCAAAUACAAGACUCAGCCUCACAGCAUGCGCUACCAACAGUCAGGCUUCCCGGUGUCCAAUCUACCAACAUGUGCGGAGAAGAUGCCAUUGAGUUAUUUUUGAAAAUUCUAUGCCUUGAUUCUUUCGAACAAACCGAAAGGACUGCGUUUGAAAAUGAGUUGAAGACCCAGUCUACAUCGCUUGUUGCGAGAAUGAUCGACCUUGCCGAUUCACUGAAUUCUCCUCGUGCUGUCCAAGACGUCCUGCAGAGGAUUGGAUAUCUAUAUGGCAAGACCAAGCCUGCACUCCUUGCCAGGUUUAAUUCAGCUUUGUUGUCAAUGAAGGAAGAUCGGAUUCGACAGAUCAUCUUUAUAUCCGUCUUCCUUAAUGAUUCAAGGCUCACUAGAACCAUGACCCAUGUCUUGCUAGUUGUGGGCUCAAGAUUCUGGGUAAACGGGCUAGAAGGCCCCGAGGAAAAAUCUUUGCGCUGGAGAUAUCUGCCAAACGGGUUAGAAGAGGAAAUCUAUUGUCGUCGUCAAUAUGUCCUGAACACCAUCACCGACCUACAAGCUCAUUUUCUUCGAGUCUAUGGGGGCAUGGAGGGAACUGACAGUGCAAAGCCCGUAGCAAACAGGACAUUGGGUGCGGCCUUCACUGCAUCUGCACAUUCGCUUCUUCAAUCUCGUCACUUCCAAUGCCGAGGCGGAUUCAACAACGCCAGCCAAUGCGACCUCUUCCAACUCGGUCAAAUGAUCCGAUUUUUCUCAAUGCGCGCGAAAACGAUAUUUCUAGGAUCAACAUUGAUAGACCCGGAUUUCGACUCAACUCUCAACGAUGACGAUCACACAGCUGGCGAAUCCAGGAACGACCAACCCCCAGGCCCACCGUCUGAUGUUACAGCUAUCAUCGCCUCUAUCAAACAGUAUCCUGAUUAUGCUGUCGACGAAGCCCACACCGGCUGUGGUGUACGACGUCGAAUUAUGCCUGCUUUAGAGUGCAUUGAGAAAUUCGUUUGGGAUGACCGUGGUCUCCUUGGUAUCGCCCCCGCAGUCUCGGAUACUGCUGCUUCAGACCCAUCUCGACCCUCGAAAUGGAUGCGGUGGGCAGAUUUCACGCGCAAGAAACACGCGGUCGAUAUUUCUUUUGCGAGGGUUACAGCUGUGUACUACCCUUCAGCACCAUCGAAAAACCAAGUCACCCGUUCCACGCCACACGAAGAACUCGCACAGCUGUUGUUUACUGCUACUCGGAGGGAUUGGAGUGCAGCGGGCUCAAGCUGA